AUGUCUACUCUUCCAGAAAUCGAAAUCCUUCAAGAAGGUGAUAACAAGACCUUUGCUCAACCAGGUGAUACCGUUACCAUCCAUUACGAUGGUAAGUUGCUCAACGGUAAAGAAUUUGAUUCUUCAAGAAAAAGAGGCAAGCCAUUCUCCUGUACCGUCGGUGUUGGCCAAGUUAUUAAAGGUUGGGAUAUUUCUUUAACUAACAACUACGGCAAAGGUGGUGUCCCAAAAAUUUCCAAGGGUACUAAAGCUAUCUUGACUAUUCCAUCAGACUUGGCCUAUGGUCCAAGAGGUAUUCCUCCAAUUAUCGGUCCUAACGAAACUUUGGUUUUUGAAGUUGAAUUGUUGGCUGUUAAUGGAAAUUAG